AUGCAGAAGUUGUUGCAGAAAAACCCUUCAAGCCCCCUCCUUUGCACUUCUGUUAGUACCCGUUUUCUUUCUUUGGCUUCUAGAAAUAAACCCACUGACUAUUUGUGUUCUAGCUCUUCAUUUUCUAUAACCCCUUGUGUCUCUCUGUCUCUAAAGCCCUAUUCCUCUCUUUCAAUGCCGACAGCCACGGCUAUCAACGGUGGCUCAUCUAUUGCCGCCUGUUUGGCCAGAAAACCCACCAUCAAACCCACAAUCACUUCUGGUAUUUGUUCAGCUAAUUACAGUGUUUGCCGCUGUUCAGGUGAGAACAGAACCACUGCGGCUCCUUUUCAGUCCUGGGUUUUGGCCCGGCCCACGUGGUUCCGUACUGCUGCCGGUUCGGAGGGACCCGUUACGGUUGAGGCAACAAAGUCGGCUGUUGAAGGAUUGAAGAGUUCUGAUGGAGGAGAUGAGGAGAAAGUAGAUAAAGGGGAAAAGGGUUUCUCGGAGGAGAAGGCAGCAAGGAUGAACAGGCGGCAUAAGGGGUCGAGCGAGGUAGUGGGGAACGCUGAUUUGUUGACAAUUCCAGGAGUGGGGCCUAAGAAUUUGAGGAAACUAAUGGAGAAAGGUUUCCGAGAAAUGGCUGAGCUUAAGCAGUUUUAUAAGGACAAGUUUCUUGGGAAGUCCAAUGACACAAUGGUCGAGUAUUUACAGAGUUCGGUGGGAAUCAUUCAUAGAAAUCAUGCUGAGAGCAUAACAGCUUUUAUUAAGGAGAGUGUGGAUGAAGAGUUAAAGGAUGUAGACAUUGAUGUGAAAGCUGCAGCAAAGAAGCGAAUCACAUUUUGUGUUGAGGGAAAUAUUAGUGUUGGAAAAACAACAUUUCUUCAGAGAAUAGUUCGUGAUACAAUUGAGCUUCGAGAUCUUGUCGAAGUGGUGCCAGAACCCAUUGAUAAGUGGCAGGAUAUUGGACCUGACCACUUUAAUAUACUUGAUGCUUUCUAUGCUGAGCCACAUAGGUAUGCCUAUACCUUUCAGAAUUAUGUCUUUGUCACGAGAGUGAUGCAGGAGAGAGAGUCAUCUGGUGGAGUGAAGCCCCUCAGGCUGAUGGAGAGGAGUGUUUUUAGUGAUAGAAUGGUCUUUGUACGAGCUGUGCAUGAAGCAAAGUGGAUGAAUGAGAUGGAGAUCAGCAUUUAUGACUCAUGGUUUGACCCAGUUGUCUCAGUUUUACCUGGGCUUAUUCCUGAUGGCUUUAUCUAUCUUAGAGCUAGCCCUGAUACUUGCCAUCAGAGAAUGAAGCUGCGAAGGAGAGCAGAAGAGGGCGGUGUCUCCCUAGAUUAUCUCCGUGACUUGCAUGAAAAGCAUGAAAGCUGGCUUUUCCCUUUCCAAAGUGGACAUCAUGGAGUAUUAUCAGUCAGUAAGCUACCAGAACAAAUGGAUAAAUCUUUGCAUCCUGACAUAAGAGAUCGGGUGUUUAAUUUGGAAGGUGAUCAUAUGCAUUCAAGUAUUCAAAAGGUGCCUGCUUUGGUUCUUGACUGUGAAGCCAAUAUUGAUUUUAGCAGAGAUAUUGAAGCUAAGGAACACUAUGCACGCCAAGUUGCGGAAUUCUUUAAAUAUGUGAAGAACAGGAAAGAAGUUUCAUCUUCACAAGCUGGAGACAGUGGUCUUCUCGGCAACCGACAGAUCUUGCUGCCUCGUGAAGGUGGAUUGUUUUUACCAAAUGAAAAGCACUUCCCUCAGUCUGCUCUCAAAUCUUUGGAGUUUAGACGAGCAAUGUCAUUUAUGUCUGGUCAGUGAUUGCUUUGCAGCCUUCUUUUCCAACUACAGGUCUGUAAAACCGUCUUUUUGUGUGAUGCAUCUACGGUGAUGUAUCUAGUUAUGUAAAAAUGUUAACCCCCUAGGCCUUAGAGAUGUAGAGAUGCUGUGUAUGGCUUAAUCCUUUGGUAAUAGUGCAAUGUUUGGUUGUUGAAGCUUGAUUUCUGCUGAAAGGGUUGAGAUUUGAAGGUAUAGUAGUGAAGUUUCAAUGCU